AUGGUUGAGUUAGAUUUAAUAUUCAAGUAUAAAAAUAAUGCUGAUUUUUCUAUAUCGGUAAAAAUGGUUUUAGCAUUGGCAUUUGUUAAAAUUGACGAUUUAGACACAGCAAUAAAGGCAUUAAAUGAACAUGUAUUUCCAGAGUUGUUGCCUCUUUUAGAUUGGUUCGAGGAAUACUAUGUUGGUAGAACAAUACGAAAUCGGCGACGACCUGCUCGUUUUCCACCUGCAUUGUGGAAUGUUCAUGAACGGAUAUUAAAUAAAGAAGACAGAACAAAUAAUCACGCUGAAGCAUCCAAUAGACGACUGAAUCUACAAAUGGGUGUACAACAUCCAACAUUGUGGACAUUUAUUUCAAAUUUAAGGAAGGUGCAAUCAGGUCGUGAUAUAUUUUAUCAACAAUUAGAAGCUGGAAAUAGUCUUUCAAAAAAGAAAAAAAAAUUUAUUGAUGUCGAUAAAAGAAUUUUUAAAAUUGUAAAGGAUUACAACAACCGCAACAUAAUUGUUUUUUAA